ACCCUCCUACGGCGCGGCCCCUCAUCCCGGCGAGCACGGCGGCGGUGUGGGCCAUGGAUUAAGAAGGAGGCGGCGUGGGAGGAGGAAGAUGGCGGCCGGCAAGAGCGGCGGCAGCGCUGGGGAGAUUACUUUUUUGGAAGCUUUGGCUAGAUCAGAGUCUAAGAGAGAUGGAGGUUUUAAAAAUAAUUGGAGCUUUGAUCAUGAAGAAGAAAGUGAAGGAGAUACAGAUAAAGAUCGGGCAAAUCUACUCAGUGUAGAAGAAGAUGAGGAUUCUGAAACCUCAAAAGGAAAAAAGUUAAAUCAACCAUCUGAAACUGUUGCUGCUAGUUCUGGUGAUUUCAUCUUGAAGACAUAUGUAAGACGAAAUAAGACUGAAAGUUUUAAAACUUUGAAAGGCAACCCAAUUGGACUUAACAUGUUGAACAACAAUAAGAAAUUGAGUGAAAAUACACAAAAUGCAUCAUUAUGUUCUGGAACUGUAGUUCAUGGUAGACGUUUUCAUCAUGCUCAUGCACAGAUACCAGUAGUAAAAACAGCAGCCCAAAGCAAUCCGGACCGAAAAGAAAGGAAAGAAUAUCCACCUCAUGUCCAAAAAGUUGAAAUUAAUCCUGUAAGGUUAAGUCGGCCCCAAGGUGUUGAACGUAUAAUGAAGAAAACAGAAGAGUCUGAAUCACAAGUAGAACCUGAAAUUAAGAGAAAAGUCCAACAGAAACGGCACUGUAGUACAUACCAGUCUACUUCUCUGUCUCCUGCUUCAAAAAAAUGUUUAACCCAUUUAGAGGAUAUUAGAAAUAAUUAUUUACAGACUAAUGGAAAAGUCAUUUUACCUGGGACAAAAAUACCCAAAAUCACAAACUUGAAAGAAAGAAAAACAAGCCYGUCAGACCUAAAUGACCCAAUCAUUUUGUCCAGUGAUGAUGAUGAUGACAAUGACAAGAAUAACAGAAGAGAGAGCAUAUCUCCUCAACCUGCUGACUCAGCAUGUUCUUCCCCUGUACCAUCCACUGGAAAAGUAGARGCAGCACUAAAUGAAAAUAUCUGCAGAGCAGAGCAUGAACUAAGAAGCAUUCCAACAGAAUCAGAAUUGAAUACAGUUACAUUGCCAAGAAAAGCAAGAAUGAAAGAUCAGUUUGGCAAUUCUAUCAUCAGCACACCUCUAAAGCGUCGUAAAGUGGCUUCUCAAGAAACUUUAGUUAAUUCUUUAUCUUUAAGCUGCCAAAGUUCGUUUGAAAGUGUCAUUUUAAAUUGUCGAAGUAUACGAGUAGGAACACUGUUCCGACUAUUAAUAGAGCCUGUUAUUUUUUGUUUAGAUUUUAUCAAGAUUCAUCUAGAUGAACCAGAAAGUGAUCCUAUAGAGAUUAUUUUAAAUACCUCUGAUCUAACUAAAUGUGAAUGGUGUAAUGUCCGAAAAUUACCAGUCGAACAAUAUAUAAUUUUAAUUUUUCAAAAUGGCCUUGAUCCUCAGGCAAAUAUGGUAUUUGAAAGCAUCAUUACUGACAUUGGUAUAAAAAAUAAUGUUCCCAAUUUUUUUGCAAAAAUUCCCUUCGAAGAAGCCAAUAGCAGACUUGUUGCCUGCACCMGAAGCUAUGAAGAGAGCAUCAAAGGAAGUUGUGUGCAAAAAGAAAAUAAAGUUAAAACUGUAUCAUUUGAAUCCAAAAUACAGCUUAGAAACAAACARGAAUUCCAGUUUUUUGAUGAUGAUGAAGAAACCGCAGAGAGCCAUACCAUCUUCAUUGGACCUGUAGAAAAAUUGAUCGUGUAUCCACCACCUCCAGCUAAGGGAGGCAUCUCUGUUACUAAUGAGGACCUGCACUGUCUAAGUGAAGGAGAAUUUUUAAAUGAUGUUAUUAUAGACUUUUAUUUGAAAUAUUUGGUGCUUGAAAAACUGAAGAAAGAAGAAGCUGACCGAAUUCAUAUAUUCAGUUCUUUUUUCUAUAAACGCCUUAAUCAGAGAGAGAGGAGAAAUCAUGAAACAACCAAUCUGUCAAUACAACAAAAACGGCAUGGGAGAGUAAAAACAUGGACCCGGCAUGUAGAUAUUUUUGAGAAGGAUUUUAUUUUUGUACCCCUUAAUGAAGCCGCACACUGGUUUUUGGCUGUUGUGUGUUUCCCUGGUUUGGAAAAACCAAAGUAUGAACCUAAUCCUCAUUACCAUGAAAAUGCAGUCAUACAAAAAAGUUCAACUAUAGAAGAUAGUUGUAUUUCUUCUCCUUCUGCCAGUGAAAUGGACAGUUGUUCACAAAACUCUUCUGCCAAGCCUGUAAUUAAGAAGAUGCUAAAUAAAAAACAUUGCCUAGCUGUAACUGAUUCAAGUGCUGGACAGGAAGAAAGUGACCCUUGUUAUCGGAGAAACAUAUGCAGUGUGAAAUGUAGUGUGAAAAAAAUAAAUCAUACUGCAAGUGAAAAUGAAGAAUCCAAUAAAGGAGAAUCUGCAUGCCAGAAAGUAGUUGAUAGGACUAAAAAUGAGAAUGGCCUACAGAAUGAAUGUUUGAGUUCUGUGCAUCAUCCAGAUGGCUUAAGCAAAAUCAGACUAAGCUAUGGUGAUGAAUCAGCUGAAGGUAGUAAAAUGCUUGAAGAUGAACUAAUUGACUUCUCAGAAGAUCAAGAUAAUCAGGAUGAUAGCAGCGAUGAUGGAUUCCUUGCUGAUGACAAUUGCAAUUCAGAAAUAGGACAGUGGCAUUUAAAGCCUACUAUCUGUAAACAACCUUGUAUCCUACUUAUGGAUUCACUCAGAGGCCCUUCUCGGUCAAAUGUUGUCAAAAUUCUAAGAGAGUAUUUAGAAGUGGAAUGGGAAGUUAAAAAAGGAAGCAAAAGAAGUUUUUCUAAAGAUGUUAUGAAAGGCUCUAAUCCAAAAGUACCACAGCAAAACAACUUUAGUGAUUGUGGUGUAUAUGUAUUACAGUAUGUAGAGAGCUUUUUCGAGAAUCCCAUACUAAAUUUUGAGCUACCUAUGAAUUUAUCAAACUGGUUUCCUCCCCCAAGAAUGAGAACAAAAAGAGAAGAAAUUCGAAAUAUAAUUCUGAAGCUGCAAGAAGAUCAGAGUAAAGAGAAGAAACAGCCUAAGGACAGUUCCUCAACAGAAGCAUCUUUAGGUGAAAGAACAGAACAGUAUGUCAACAGUGUCUCAGAUUGACCAGAAGACAAUUGUUGCUUGUGGCUUUCAGAAAUGAAAUGACUUUCAGUUUUGGGUACAGACAGUAAAGAACUGAAGUACUCACUACUCAGAGUGAUUUGGAGAUGUUAAUGCUUGUAUAAAUGUCAUAUAAUUAAUUUCCAAAGGAGUAUGUAUUAAGUAAAAGUCUGUAAAUAUGUUAAUGAAGCCAAUUUUUCCAGCAUUUAUAAUUAUUUUUUUCACUUGUUAGGAAGCUUUUGUUAUGUAUUUUCUGUUAAUAGUACUUAAAACUGCAACUUCUAAACACAAAAUAAAUAAAAAAAUAUUUA